AUGCUGUUUGCUAGAGGUGCAGAUAUUGAAGGAGAAACCUAGACUGCUGCUACUAUUGAAUCCGCUGAAUAAAUGAAGUUUAGGAGGCAGUAAGAAAAAUAAAUGAAAAAGUUUUAAAAAAUAGAGAACAAAUAAAAUGUGAGAGAAUAUGAAGAAAAUUUUCACUCUAAGAACUAUACAAAUAUAAGAUCAAAAGUAUUUUAGCUCAGAAUAAAGAAAGUUGAUUUUGGAGGAUAGAAAGUAACAAUUAAUGAUAAAGUUCUUAUAAACAGAAGAGUCUUGAAUGAUUAUAUUCAUAUUGUUAAUAAGAGAUAAGAUGUAGUAGAUUCAAUGGAAGAUAACUUUUGGUCAAUGGUUUAAUUAUAUGAUGGGACUUUGCAUUACUUCAACAAAUAUUAUGGAAAGAAGUUAGAAGAUUAAAUGUCAAAGCUCAAUCAUAUGCUUAAGCCAGAGCACAGAUAUUUGCUAAAGAGUAUUGAUAAAAAUGAAGCAAGAAUUAAAAGACGUUUGCUAGAAUAUGAAUAAGUUAAAAAAUCAGGAGAUCCUACUAUAAAGAAAGCAUUGCAGGAAUGUAAGAAUAUUGAAGAAAUAGUAGAAAAACACCAUUAGUAGCAAAAGUAGAAAGCAGCGGAUAGAAGGAAUAAAAAUAAAUCAGAAGGGCAUAUUGAGAAGCUUUCAAAAAAGAAAGGUUAUAUAGUGAAUGAGAUGGAAGUUGAGUAAAGAAGAUAAAACCAAAUGAUUAUGAAUGAAAUAUAGAAGUUUGGUAGCGAUAGAAUCAAACGCAAACUGUUCGAGCAAGAUAUGAAAGUUAUUUUAGAAAAUCAAGAAAUAUAAGAUAAAAUUCAUCAUAUUUAAAUGUCUUUAGAAAAAAUGCAGAAUCAACCAGCAACUUCAAGCAAGUCAAUCAAUUUGAUUUGUGAGAAUGAAGAAGACCCUUAAAAUGAAGGUCAUAACUAAAAUGAAAACACAUAAAAAAACAUUAUGUCAUUACGCCACAUAAACAAUCCUGUCUCUUUGCAGCAUAUAAAUAUGGUUUCGCCUAGAUCUCCAAGGUUAGACCACCUUAUAGGCAAUAAAAAUUCAUCUUCUAAUUUAGCUAAUAACAAUAGCCCAUAUUUAUAGUCAGCUUUUGCUCACAAUAUGCAAAUUUAGGAGCAUGAAUUAGUAUUAAAUGAGUUACAAAGAAGGCAUUCUCACAAUAACUUGAACCCUUUUAUUCACUACAGUAUGCUAUCUAAUAAGUAAGCUACUUCACCUAUUUUCUAAUAAGUAUUAGAAUAGCAGUCACUUCAUUCUAAAAGCUUGGAUAAAAUAGGAUUAAAUAACUACUUGGAUUAAAAUGAAGGUAGCGAAGAGAAAGUUGGAAAAAAGGAUCCAAGAAGUUCUAUCUUUAAUUUCUAACAAAAUUAAAAGAAUCAGAGUUAAGCUAAGUUAAAUAAUUUAACUAUAAGAGAAUAAUAAUUUAUGAUGCUUUAGUAAGAAUUAAAUAGCACUUCACCUCAUAUGAAGAGAGGAAGCAUUGAUGGAAAUAAUUCGCCUAGGAAUUAGCCUUUUAUAUCUCAAUUAAGAAAUUAAAGUAUUUUCGAUAAUUUAAGCACUAUGAGUUAGUCAAAGAAAACAUCAAUUUUGAGUGCUAACGAUUCAUAAAAUAAUGGUAAUAGUUAGUACAAUGGAGAAAAAAGGUUAAAAUCAAAUGUUUCAUUUAAUUUGUCUUCUAAUCACCCAGAAAUGAUAUCUACUCCUUAGAAAGAAUACAUGCUUACUGAAAAAUACAAUAAAUCAACUCCUUCCACUUCAUUGUUUUCUAAUAAUUAAGAAUAAAAGUCUAAAUUCAAUCAAAUGAAUUGCACAGUGGGAUCGUUUACUGUAAAAGAAAAUAGCUAAGCCUAAAAGACCUCGAAAUAAAACCACAUUACUACUAAUUUAAAUUUGAGAAAGGCGAGCUUGGAUUAAGUAAUGGGUAAAAUAAAUGAGGAAAAACUUAAGAAAGUAGCUAUCAAUAUUCAGAGUUCGUCGGGUAUUAAAGAGGAAUUAUUGCAAAGUAAAAGCACUAUUGCUGCUACCCCUUUAAAAUCAGUUUUAAAAAAGAGUCAUAACAAUAUUUCUUUAACAGAAAAUUAAUUAAAAUAAAAUGUAACGAGUAUUAAAGAUGUCAUCUCGACUACUAAAUCUCUUGUGACGGCAAAUGGAUCAUUCAACUUUUAAAACAAUCAAGGAUUGUAAGAAUCAAGCAAUAAUUUAAUUUCUGAUUAGAAUUUCUUAACUUCAGCUAGUAACAUGUAAACUGUUGAAUCACCAUCUAAGAUAAAUUCAGCAAAGUCGAAUAAGCAACAAGGCCUAAUAAAAAGAUUAACAACUUUGGUUUCUCAAGAAAACUUAGCUAUUAUUGGAAACUAUCAGUCUAAAAGGAGACAGUCAAAGAGCAUUUAGAUAGAGAAUGUAAGCUCUAACGAAAAAAUUGAGGAAAAUCCAAGCAAUUAACCAAAUAUAACAAACGAAGAUAAAAAAUAAAUAAAAAUUUAGAACGAUUCAAAUACAGAGAAAAUUUAAUAAGAGGCAUCUGAUGAUGAUAAUGAAGAUGAAAAUAAAAACAAUGGGUCUAGAUAGGACACAGUAAGUUCCAGAGGUAAUAAAAACGAUUUAUAUAGUUCAAGAGAGAAGAAAAAAAGAAAAUCAAUAAUUCCUGAAAUUUAUGGUAAAAAGAAUUCAAAAUCUGCUGAUAAAGUAAACUCACAGUAAUCUGAAGAAGUGUUUGAAAAACCAUUGAUUCGUAACAAAAUCUAUAAUGAAAACGAUCUUUUUAAGUAUAAAAAAAUUAAUAAAUAUGCCUUGCAUGAAAUCUAUGAAAAGAGAAUCCUUAACUUGCAUAAAGAUGAAACACCGUUGCUGAGCAUGAAAGAAUUGCAGUACAUUGAAGAAAAGUAAAAAAAGUCGUCAAGUUAAAGUUAAAUUAAAGUACCAUACACUCACCAUCAGCAUCAUCCUUUUUCUUGGAACAAUUUAGAGGAGAAAAAAGCAGACUUUUUGAGCUUGGAAAAGCAGAGAUCUCUUUUAAUAAAUCCUGAGCAAGAGGAAGUUUUUGACAAAAAAAUAAGCUAAAUCCAUGGUACUGAUGUAUUCAACAUGUAUAAAAGCAUUUAGAAAAACUGCAAAACUUAAAUUGAGUAAAGCAAGUCGUUUUAAAAAGAUAUAAAAGAAGGAGAGUAGGAAUUAAAGUUCAAACAUAAAAUAUUGAAACAACAGUAUGCUGAGCACUUGGGACCGAAAGAAUACAAAUCUAAAUAUGUGAAAGAGAUACUCGAUUAGACUAAAAAGUAGCUUAACUUUAAAAUAAAUAAAAAAAGCAGAUCUAAAAUUUCAUCUCCAGAAAAAAUACUUUAAAGCUUGCUUAAACAAGAUAAACAAGUAUGGGGAAAAACAAUUAAAAGUUAAGAAUUAAUUAAAGAUGAAAAUGGCGAAAUAAUUUAAGCUUAAAAGCCUGAGAAGAAAUACAAUCUAUUCUCCUCUCAGACUAUGUCAGAUACAGAAAAGUAAUAAGUAAGAAAUUAGUCAAUGUAAAAGCUUGAGAAGAUAGUUGACAAAUAUAAAAAUAACUCUAUGUCUUUGCAAGAAUAGCUUUAAUCCCUCAUGAAUUUGGACAAUAACCGCAAGGCUUUGUUUGGCAUGACUUAGAAGAUGUAUGUGCCAAGUAAUCUGAUAAAAAAUAAGUAAAAAAAUAAAUAUCUAAAUGGAAUCCUUUCAAGUAGUAAUAUUGAUUAAAAUACCUUCAACCAAUUAAAAUAAUAAAUAGCGAAUAACCAAAAUAAUCAAUCAGCUCAGUUCAAUAACACAGUUGAGUUCCCUUCAAACAACUAAAUGGGAGAUGAAAAUGAUAAUAACGAAAACAACAAAUCAAUAGUAUCUGUAGAUGAAUAAAUUAAGUCCAAAAAUUUAGAAUGA